UUCAGUUUUGACAUUUGUUAAGUAUGUUUUUUGAUUGAAACAGCACUGAAACUAUCUGCUAGCGUGUCACAAGUUUACGGAUAAAUAACAAACAAUUUAAAUGAUUCAACCUUGCUUCUAGUGUCUGUCAGAAAUGGCAGCAGCCACAGCUACCUACCAACAAGCUUACGGCCUUGACCCCCGAGGUCCUGACCCGUCAUAUGGCGCUCAACAGGCCCAGGGACCCCACCAGCCGGCUCCAGGGCCUUCGAGAGCUCCACGUCCUGAGGAGCAGCACCAGCAGCAGCAGCACCACAAGCCUUACUUCUACGUCCAGCCCUCGCAGCCAUACAUGCCCAUGCAGUGGCCUGUACCUGUGCCCAUGCCUGUGUCCUACAACCCAUACUAUGGCUACCCUGGUUUAGGGUACAGCAUGCCAGUGAUGCCCCACUAUCAGCCAAGUCCUUUUGUGGAGCCACCUACCUUUGUUCUACCCCAUACCAACCUCCACUUGAUGGACUACCGACGCAUGCUCAACCCUCAGUACUACCAGACCAUGGCCUACCACUCCCGUAGGUUCCGCUACCAGCACAACAGCCAGACCAGAGAAAUGACCAGCUCUGAAGUUCAGACUGAGCCACUGUCUGCUACCCAGAGGACCAGCACGCCAGGAUCCAGCAACACGGAGACCACUGGUGGCCUCCAAGCCCGCAGCAGCGACAGCAGGACAAGUGUACCCAUCAAACAGCCGCCUUCACUAGUCGUGGCUGUGCAGAAGAGGGAUUGUUCUCUGGAGCUUAAGGAUAAGGCACCCUCUACCACCACCAGGUCGCCACCGAAUGGCAGCUUUGUGUUUCAGACAGAGGAGGUGAGGAUUGAAUGCUGCACCACGCCGGUGGGACUACAACUCCUGCACUCUCAUGAGACGGCAGAAGUAUCCCACAACUUUUCCGAAGACGUAGUCCAGUGCAGUAGCUCCCUCCUCCAGGGCCGUGUGCUGCAGAACGAGGUACCGCCUCUUCUUGCAGACCAAUCGGAGCAGGCUGUCCAAGUUUGUCCUGACAUCUCAUUAGUCGCUACGCCUAAGAGCAGGGAGGAAAUACCUGCUUUGGAGGAGUCCAGGAACCAGACAGACUCUGUGACCGUCUCCUCUGACUCCAGCAGUGACAGUGAUCAGAGUACAACGUCUGAUAACUUCCACUAUAAAGUUGUUCACCUGCCCUUAAACCCAAAAUACCUGGAUGAGCUGUGGAGGAUGGAAUCCACUGUAUGGUCAAAAGAGGACACUGUGAUUCCCUCACCUGAAUCUCUAAUGCAAAAUAGCCGCGCAGAGUCUCUUGAUGAAACCCUGGUUUGUGAAGCUGAAGUGCCUUCCGCCGACUUGCUGACUGUUAGGGAGAAGGCUCCUACAGAAGAGGUCGUCCCUGAGAUUGAGAUGCCUCCUCUGGCAGAGGAUGAAGAGGAGGAAAUGUACCCCACUGUGGAGGAUCCUGGGGAUGAGAUGUGGACUACGAUGAAUAUUCCUACCACAGAGGAAGAUCUUAUCACACACACAGUGCCAUUGUUGGAUAAUUCCCCUCUUAAGGCAGAUAACAUCAAACCUAGGCGAGAAACGAACGCUCACGAUCACCAGGAUACUUCCUUUGAAUCAUUGCCUGCCUAUCUCCCCUCUACCAGCUGGCUUGCUGACUUUGAUAAUGUUGACUAUUGUGUCAAAAUCCCUCCACCUCCAAAGAAACAGGACAGACCACUGAGCAGCCGUGGCUUCGAUGUGCCUAGCAGAAGAAGAAAACUAGACCUAGGGUACAAAGAACAACCUACCUUUCGAAAGCCAAAAGAGAGGUUCAAACCCAAAGGGAAGGUGGAUCGGAGAAGCUUCUCUGACCAUGAAUGCUGCCUUAGCAGCAAUUUCAAUGAGAAUGCAUUUACACCUUAUGCGUCCAAGAGGGAGCGACUUUGCUCAAGAUGUGUAGUAAAGAGCAGGACUGCUGGUCCAGGACUCGAUGGUCACACCUUCAAAAGAAAAGCUGCUCUUUUCCAACAGUGGAAUGACGCACUCCUGCCAACAUGUGAAGCCUGCAAAUCUCAACCCAUGCAACCGCUGGUACGAAAAGGUUCUGGCCUUGAUGUCUGUGGCCCUCAUCAUGGACACUACAGUGAGGGAGAAUCUUCUGAGAACAGCUCGUGUCGCUUCCGCUCAAAAUGGAGGCCGGCGGAUCCUCCCAGGAAGCUCAAUGAUCUCAAGAGGCCGCUGGCUUCAAAGCAAAAUGUUGAGAGAUGUCCUGCAGCGAUGGACCCAAACCUGAAGGAAAAGAACUGUGUGUGCAAUGAGCCGCAGCACCAGUCUACUGCAUGGGAGAGGCUGCACCACUGUCCCCACGGCAACGCCAUCCAGGAAAUGGAUGAGAACUGUGCAAUGCCGGUUUCCCUCCAGGACAAAUGGAGGAUAAUGGAUCAGACUUACCUGACACACAGGUGGCAAACUGAUAAUGCUUGGAAACCAGUGCUGCCAAACGCUGACAUUGACCGCUUCAAGAAUGAAGCCAGAUCACCAUAUUUUAAUAGACACAAGAAAUCACAAUCACAAGGAAAUUGUAGAAAAGACACAAGAUGCUGAUUUGCACGAGAGCACUAUUGAACAGUGAAAAACCCACUUUUUAAAAAGUGUCACUUAAAUUAUUCCCACUUGAAUGAAUUGUAUAUAAGUCAAAAUGUUCACUAUUUAUUAUAAUUUAAAUAAACACAACUUUUUGAUUCUAA